UGAAAGAAGUUAUUAGUUACUUUCUUCCAAGUUGUGAAGAGUCAAGAACCAACAAACUAAACAGAGUUGUUGUGUUACUCACAGUCACUGGUUAGAGAGAAGAACGAAAAACCAAAUAAAAUGAAUCCUCUAAUUUGGCACAAAGUCGCUGGAAUUUCAGGUGUAGCAGCACUUGGAUUAGGCACAUAUGGCGCACACUUUUUCAAGCCUCAAAACCCUACUUACAAAGAUGUUUGGCAAACUGCAUCGCUUUACCAUUUGGUUCACACUGCUGCGUUAGUUUCAGCUCCAAUUACGAAAUAUCCUAAUGUUUUUGGAGGUCUUUUAACAGCUGGAAUCGUGGCUUUCUCUGGGACGUGUUAUACGGUUGCAUAUCUUGAAGACAGAAAGUAUUCAACCUUGGCUCCAUUUGGCGGCUUUGCUUUUAUAGCAGCAUGGGGUAGCUUGUUUAUCUGAUGACUUAAUUGUUUUGGUUUCUUCUGCUACAAGUACAACAUCUAUUUAUUGUUUGUUAAUAAGCAAUUAGACUAUCAUGCUAUUUGAAAAUUGCUAAUCCUGCAUACCUCAUAUUUGUAAAUAUUUUAUGUUUAUAUUGUCAUUGGUUUAUGAUCUUGA